AUGGCAGGAAAGACGAGAAAAACGCGUGGCAUCUAUGCUCGCGUUAAGGAACCCAAGGACAAGGAUAAGACAAGUGAUCUUGCGAAGGCAGAUCCUGCACGCCACGUGUGGACACUCGCAACUCAUAUCUCAACGGAGCUGGUCGCGAUAGGUGUGCUUGUCUGUGCGAUUGUACUCGGAGCCUUUCGGCAAAACUUCGCCCUUAAGACCACGUAUAUCUUCGGUGCGACUGUCGAUGCCGACCUGCAGCUGGCCUUCCUCGGUCUGAUCAACAAGAUUCUUGACCUCUUGGUGACCAAGUCGCUCGAGGUCACCGCAGGCGUCCUGGUCACACUAUGGAUGACCACGAAUACGUGGAAUUUCACCAGAAAGGGUGCACCUUUGGGCGCAAGAAUAGCAGACUUCGAGCUGAAGGAUGAGCUUACGAAGCCCUGGGCGGCCGUCGUUGCCUUCUACAAGAGAUGGUCUCUUGCUGGUUGGAAGGGGGCUGGGUGGAUCAGGCUACUCGUUACGCUGGCCGUCUCUGUUUGUCUAUUGCUACAGGGACUUGCCGUCAAUACACUCGGUGUGCCGAAAGCCAGAUGGUUUCCGAGCGCCUCCGCACCGCUAGCUGUCCAGCACCCUGUCGCUCAGCUGCACGGUCUUGACUGGACGGGGUACUUGGGCUCGUCUUUCAACCUUGUCGGUGGCGGUGACAUAGCCUCUCAUGUUGCUGACGGCUUCAUUGUAAGCUCAGCCAACCUGGCUUUCCAGCGCUUGGUUGGCGAGAUGAGGGCAACGCCGUACGGCUGGCAACAGAUCACCUUUGACCUGCCUGACCGUUUCGCCGCGCUGGAUUCGAGACACGACGGCUCCGCAGUCGUGGCCUUGCGAUACAGAGACGCCCGCAAGGCAAUAGGCUGGACCGGCUUGUUAAAGAUGGCUACGCCUGCUUCACUGGUCAGCUGCGACGCCCUCCAAGAUGGCAUCGUUGGCCCCCCCAGCGGUGUAAGCAUUAUCGUCAAUACGACCAUCAACGGGGAGGACACCUACCCAAGUUUCAUCAUCCACCUGCUUCAGCAACCGGGCUUGGACUUUCCUGGCCUGUCUUGCGAAGUUGCAUCCCAACGCUUGCUCUUCCCCGCCAAAUUCUGGAUGGUCGAUGAGGCAACGACAGCCGAUGUUUUUAUAGACGACUACGGCAAGACAUACGACACGGACACAUCAGCCCUGGUAUCGCAGCCAGCAAAUAUAGACAUUGCAUCCGCUCUGGCAUUGCAGAUGAAGGCAACCACAGCUCGACUGGAGACGCUGAUCGACGGUCUGAAUGCCGUGUGGUACAUGCUGGCAGCCGCUCGGAACCUGAGGACUGCGCGAAUGGAAUACGCUUCGGAUGCCGAAGCGAUGGCGCCAGUACUGGCUUUGCUUGCUACUCGCUUAUUAUCCGUGGCCGACUGGAACGUCUCUUACACCGACGCGCAGCAAGUCACCUCUUCGCCGAUCCAAUGGCAGCUGUUUGGCUCGGGUCCGCGCUUGCCAUGGGAAUGGGUCACGGUGAUGGUGGUUGGCGUGCUGAUAUUGGCACUGCUUGGGAGCCUGUACGUGUCUUUCGCGUACCGCAUCGUGCCCGGCGAAUGGCUUAAAGUAGGCGGGAUGCUGAUUGCCGCAAAUUCUUCGUCACCAAUUGAGGGCUUGAAGGCCGCUCUGGGCGAACCUGAGGAGCAGCUAGAGACGAUGCCGCUUGCCGUGCAAGAGAACGCCACUCGGAUUGGGACGGUUGAGAUCGUCCGUGCUGACAAGUUAAUACCUAUAAUAUAUUUGCGUGGCAUCUAUCGCUGGGCAUAG